AUGACGUACAUGGAUGAGAUUCAAAUGACUGAUUUCUCAGCACAACAUCUACCUGGAGCCGACAAAGUUGCCAUCAUGGUGCAGAACUUGUUGCGCCUCAUCCUUGUUGUCGAUCUUCAUGACAUCUGCGCCUAUACCAAACCCGGCACGCCGCAUCGGGGUUUGAUCAUGGAGUGUCAGGAUACGAUUGAGGUGGAGACUUUGACAACUGAGGAUGAAUUGGCCGACAAGAAUCAAAGCCCAACGGGUGAGACCACACCAACCCAGGCGACAGUCCCUGCCUACCCGUUCCAGAAGUGGAUGGACAGCUUUCGAACCCGCAAAUACGUUCCUUCAGAGAUCCCCGAACGAGUCGUUGAAGGCUGGCCGAAUGAUUCUCCAGCAGAUCUUGCAGCACCAGACCCGCAGUGGGAGCGAAGUUCCGAACACUCGUCACAGCUGGAAAUCAAGACCGCCACCAUGAGCACUACUACUCAAAGUAUAGCGAGAUCGAGGGGAACAACGCACAGCAUGACGACUCAAAGUGCACUCUCAGAAGAGCGAAAUUCGGGAGACAGCUCCAGACCAAGCUCCAGCCCAUGUGUAGAUGAAGAAGCGGAAGCUCGGGCAACCAAGAGGCGUCUAGUGCUGCAAGAACUGGUCGCAACGGAGGCUGAUUAUGUUCUCGGCCUUAAGGCUCUGACCGGGGUACUGUCGAUCUUCGACACCCGAACUGAGAUCCAGCACAACAUUCACCAGAUUUGUGGCAUCCACGAGUAUUUUCAAAGCCAGCUACAGCAGACAUCACCUUUUUCGAGCCGUCAACCUCCAGAAGAGCCCUCCGAUCUUGUUUCUCGUACCCUGUCGAAGCGCUUGGGGGGCAUCGAUAUACGUGGACUAAAAGGUUCACUGAGAACCCGCAACUUCAAGGCGGAAAUAAACAAACGACGCAGAUUCCUGGUGGCGGAUCCAACUGAAGUCUUGGAGGUAGCGCGAGAAAUUGAAAAAUUAUCUGCUUCUUUUUCCGCAUACGAGGAGUUUUGCAGCAACUACGAUCUUCUAACAGAGGACGUCGCAAUCCUACGUCGAUCAAUUCCGAAUUGGCACGUUUAUGAUCAAGGAAUUGAAGCACUGUCAAAGUCCGUUGGCUCUGUAGAUAGCCGCAGGUACGACGUGAACAGGUCAAUGACGAUGAGCGAUUUGAUGAUCAAGAAGCCCAUCCAACGCCUAUGCAAGUAUCCGCUGCUCCUGCAAGAUCUCCUCCGACACACCCCUGUCAGUGAUUGCCCAACUUCUCAUGAUGCAAUGCGACGAAUCCUGGACAAUAUACGAAUUUUGGUGACACAGGUCAAUGAGGCAACAGGCAAUCCAGUUAACAAGGAUCGUAUCCAAAAAACGUUGCUGCUACAAGAGAAGAUCCAAUUCAGCGACUCGUACGUGUUACAAGAUUUAUACAAAGACCUUGGGCCAAUGACUCUUUGCGGGGUGCUCCAUGUCACCUAUCAGGCACCGGAACGGACCAACGGUGAAUUCAUGGUAUGCGUUCUGUUCAACAGCUAUUUUCUUAUCGCGAAAACCGUUGAUGACUCCCAUCGACUGGAAGUUGUCGCUUGUAUUUAUAUGGAUGAUUUGAAAAUGGACAUUAUCCAAAAUGGACGAGGAAUCUAUUGUUAUGGUUGUCCGUUUUCAUGGAAGAUAUUAUUUCAAGAACAAGAGGAGAACUUUGAGUUCGUGCUCAGUGCAUCAUCUGCCCUUGAAGAAAAGGUUUGGAAGACGGAGGCUCUUAAAUGUUCCGCGGCUUUGGCGCAGGUUCAAAGAUCAGGUGCACGAGAUCCUCGCAAGUACUCCUUCCUGAGCGUUCUUCUUCUGCCAUUGGACCGGGUCCAGUAUGAAGUGGCCUCUCUUGCACGGAGGUCCAUGGAUGCCGUGCAAGUUUCGCGCAAGUCCACUUCUCAACACGUAGUCAUUCGGAAGACACGCCAUCCUCACCACAACGAUGAGUCCACCAACUCCAACAGUGAGAUCGAGCGGCUAAAGUCGCCAAUUGCACGUACUCAAUAUUCCGUGACUGCGAAACGAAUGGAUCGGAUCCGAUUAGAGCGGCUGAUAUCGGAGGUCUAUACGCGCGACGUGCUGCCAUGGCCGGGGAUGAUCCUUGGCCGAGGGGACCUGUUGUUCGGCCGUGGGUCAAUUAUGCGACAUCUGAGCCUACACAAGGGAUUCAAACGGUCCAAUUCAGUUAACUCAUCUCACUCUGGGCCCGACGCAGUUGAAUCACUUGAGGAUUACAUUGAAGAGGAAAAGGAUUUGAUCACGGGCCAGGAUGGAUGUGGUGACGAGCCAUCGCCAAGAACAGAUUGUGAAUCGCCCAAAACGCCGACAUCGACUGUCGGGCGCUCCAAGACUGUCCGGUUUGGAGGUACGGCCAAAAAGUCACCAUCUUCUCGUGAGAAUCGUCCGAGCCCAGAGAACCACCUAGAAUCGUCACCACGCAAGAAAUGGCGUUCACCGAAAAACUUGUUAAGUGUAUUAUCACCGAAGAAUCUCAUUCGGUCUCGUGCGGAGACAGGGACAGAGGGCACCACCUACAAGGUCUUCUACAAGGGCAAGUCUGAGGACUUCAUCGUCUACGUCGACGACCUCGAGAUCCUGCAGAAGUGGAAGAACGACCGCAGCAUUCCUCUGUCCGAUGUAUUGAACGGCUGGAAGAUCCUUGUGUCUCACAGCCACGGCGCCCAGGGUAUUCUGGACACUGCUAGCAAAGCCGCUCUUGAGAACGAGUUCGGUACUAAGAACGAAGAUGAAGUUAUGAAGAAGAUCUUGGAAGGUGGUGAAUACCAGCCUGAUACCGCAUCCGGGCGUGGAGGUAGCACCAAUGAUUCCAAGAACCCCGCCAACAUUGGCCGGUAA